AUGAAGGGCCUCGCAAUGCUCGAGGUUCCUAAUCACUCAAAACAAGUCCUGCGCACGGUCUGGGCUGCCCUUGGUCUACUUGCGGGCCUUCUCCUGUUCGUACAGACUCAGGGACCCCUCUGGCAGCGACGACGUGUGCCGGCGCAUGCAUCCGCAACCAUUGCCAAAUGCCUCGCAAAUGACUUGCCGCCCGGUCCUCCAGCCGACUUUCACAAGAGAAGAUAUUCGGACAGGUUCGCCCCCGGUACUAAGCCCGUAUUGAUCAAGAACGCUCGGAUAUGGACAGGGGCGCACAACGGCACGGAAGUCGUCAGAGGAGGGAUCCUCCUCGACAAGGGAAUGAUACAGGAGGUAGGCCGUAUUUCCAGAGGAACCUUGGCCAAGUAUAAGCAUCACUUGUUGGUAUACGACGCUGAAGACCGCUUCGUUACCCCGGGCAUUGUGGAUGUACACUCGCACAUUGGCGACGCAUCCUCUCCGGAACUUGAAGGUGCGAGCGGCGACGACAACUCUCCCAAGGGCCCUAUCCUCCCUUGGCUCCGAUCGCUUGACGGUCUGAACACACAUGACGAUUCGUAUGCCUUGUCUAUUGCUGGUGGAGUGACGACCUCGCUCGUACUUCCUGGAUCUGCCAAUGCUAUCGGCGGCCAAGCGUUUGCUAUAAAGCUGCGUAGGACAGCCGAAAGGUCCCCAACUUCGAUGUUACUUGAGCCGCCAUAUGAAGUCGUGGGUGGGCACGGACCGCCCAGAUGGCGAUAUAUGAAACAUGCAUGCGGCGAGAACCCCAGCAGAGUAUAUGGCCAGACCCGCAUGGAUACCGUCUGGGCUUUCCGCGAAGCCUACAACAAAGCUAGACAGAUUAAGCAAGCUCAGGAUGCCUACUGCUCGCGAGCUCUCAACGGCCAAUGGGAGGAUCUCGGGGAAUAUCCCGAAGAUUUACAAUGGGAGGCCCUGGUUGCUACACUCCGAGGUAAAGUGAAGGUGCAAACCCAUUGUUACGAGGCCGUCGACUUGGAUGAUAUAGUCAGGCUCUCGAACGAGUUUGAGUUUCCCAUCUCGGCCUUCCAUCAUGCGAGUGAGGCAUACCUCGUACCGGAUGUCUUGAAGCGAGCCUACGGCCACACACCUGCCGUCGCCCUUUUCGCGACAAACUCAAGAUACAAGCGAGAAGCAUAUCGCGGCUCCGAAUUCGCUGCACGCAUUCUCGCGGAGAAUGACCUGGAUGUCGUGAUGAAGAGCGACCAUCCCGUCUUGAACUCGAGGUACCUGCUGUACGAAGCCCAGCAAGCCUUUUACUAUGGUCUCCCCGAGAACCUGGCUAUUGCCGCGGUUACUAGCACAUCCGCCAAGGUUCUGGGAUUGGAUCAUAGGAUUGGGUACAUCAAAGGAGGCUGGGAUGCUGAUCUUGUCAUCUGGGAUAGCCAUCCUCUGGCACUCGGUGCCACGCCUACCCAAGUAUUCAUUGAUGGCAUACCUCAGAUCGAGUCUCCUCACAUCGUAAAGAAGCCUAAGAACUUCCAGCACACACCCAAGGUACCCAACUUUGACAAGGAAGCCGCGGAUGCUGUGCAGUACGAGGGUUUGCCCCCUCUGGCUCCUAAACCUGCAUCUUCGAGAGUGGUGCUCUUUGCUAACGUCAGCAGUGUGUUCCUACCGCGUGGUGAGGAGGUGCAUCAUGCUCAGCUGCAAGAGUCUGGUGUUGUCGUUGUCGAAGAAGGAAAGAUUACCUGUGUGGGCACGUCUGCGUCCUGCGUGCUGUUGGAACUAGCCGAGGAACCGGAGUUGAUAGAUCUGAAAGGUGGUUCGCUGUCCCCCGGACUGGUAACGUUCGGGUCGCCUUUGGGCCUGGUACACAUGGAGGGGGAAACUUCGACCGCGGAUGGCUGGGUCACAGACCCUCUCGAGAGCCUUGUGCCUAAGAUUCUCGGAGGCGACGUCGCAGUCGUGCGCGCUGCCGAUGGAUUGGAGUUUGCAAGUAGGGAUGCCCUUCUGGCAUAUCGAUUCGGCGUAACUAAAGCCAUCACUGCUCCCGUUACUGCUGGAUUCAUCUCGGGACUUGGAGUCAGCUUCUCCACGGGAGCAGCACAUAGGCUAGAAGAAGGUGCCGUUAUUCAGGAGGUGACCGCUCUGCACGUCUCUAUCCGAUACUCUGGUGGCACGCCUAGUAUAAGCACCCAGAUAGCUGCAUUGCGGCGUCUGCUCUUAGACCUACCGAAGGGGGACGCUGGGCGUUGGUUCGAGAAAGUGGCGCAGGGGAGGAUAACUCUCGUAGUGGAAGCUCAUAGUGCAGAUGUGAUUGCAACAUUGAUUCUCCUUAAGAGGGAGAUCGAGGAAACCAAUAGCGUCAAUCUCAAGAUGACUAUUACCGGAGCUACUGAGGCCCACUUGCUUGCUGCAGAGAUCGCACGUGCCAACAUUGGGAUCAUAGUGAACCCUUCAAGGCCUUUCCCUGCUGUAUGGGAGUCUAGACGGGUUCUUCCAGGGCCGCCCUUGACGCGGGAUAGUGCAGUAUCGCUGCUACUCAAACACAAUGUCACAGUUGGAUUAGGGAUCGAGGAGAAAUGGAGCGCCCGCAACUUGGCUUUCGACAUUGCAUGGGCUGCCUUGGAGACGGGUGGCGACAUCACCAAAGCACAAGCGGUUGCCCUCGGGUCCACAAAUAUUGAAAUACUACUUGGCGGGAGGGUGGAAGUUGAACAGGCAGCUGAACUGGUUGCUAGACAAGGUGGUGAUCUCUUCGACGUCGACAGCAAAGUAGUGGCUGUCAUCGCCCCGCCGUAUCGUAGAAACAAAUAUAAUCCGGUCGCUUUCUUGUGA